UGGCAGACAUUUUGACGGAACAGUCGUGCACUCGUGUUUAAAUACCUUGUGAUUAUUAUUAAUAUAUAUAUACAUAUACAUUAUUAGUGUCAGUUGUGUGUUGCCGUGUGUACUUACAUUAUAUUACAUUUGCGACUUAUACAGCAGAUAUAUUUGCAAUUGUCAUAGAUGAAAGUAAUCGAAAAGCAGAAAAAGGGUAUAACUGAAAUUAUUUGGUGUUUUCUCAAGGAUUUUUUAUAUAUAUACAUAAAAUUUGUAACAUACGCCGUCCUUGUGUACAUAAUAUUCUAUUACUACGACAAAUACAUGAACGGUGAGUGAAGUGAUGUGAUGUGUGUAGUGUAGAAGUUACAAGCCGAUUUUAAAACACACCGGUGAAACAAAAUGAAGCGCUCUCGUCAUAGAUGGCUGGGGUUCGUGCUAUUUUGCGUAACUUUGGCAGCGCUCACGGACUUGCCGACAACGACAGCGGUCCGUGCGACGUCACUCAUCUUCUCAAAGACGACGACAUCAACCAGCACUGCUGGCCCAGAAGAAGAACCCUCUGCACCUGAUGAUGAAGCACAGGUUGAACCGAGUGCGGAAGGGGAAGAAGGGAACGCUACUAGUAAAUAUACGGGAAUUCCUCAAAUAGAUUACAUACUUGAUCCAAAUCUACCACGCGAGCUGAAUGGGUACAAUUUAUCCCAGUAUCCCUUCUACGAAGCUGUGCCUCCUCCAGAAACCAUGGAUUUCAAAUGCGAUGGACUCCACGAUGGUUUCUACGCCUCUAUACCCCAUAAGUGUCAGGUCUACCACCACUGCCUCUUCGGCACCAGAUACGACUUCCUCUGCGCGAACUACACAGCCUUCGAUCAAAAAACUUUCAUCUGUCACUUCGUGUCUGAAGUGGAUUGUAAAAAUUCAGCAAAAUAUUUUAGCAGGAACGAAGCUCUAUACAAGGCGGCGUCCACUGACCCUCCGUCUACAACAUCUACAACAACCACCACAACAACGACCACGCCGCGACCACCACGGCCAGGAAGACGCCGACCACAUCCCAGAUACGAUUACUACGAUGACGAUUAUUACUACCCAGCUAGAGAUGACUAUGAUUACGAAGAGAGGGGUGGUAGACGGAAUAGACCUCGUAGACCAGGCAAGCGCAGGCCUCAAGUUGACUACGAUGACAGAUACGAGACGAGAUCGAGACCAAGGGAUGAUGUUGAUGAGGAUUACGAAGACAGAAGACCAUAUGAAAGACCGAGAGCUGCUAAAAGACCGGAUUACAGAAGACCAUACGACGAUGAAGACAGAAGACCAUAUAAAGGUGGUAGAAGGCCAGGAAAACCGAGGGUUGAUGAAGAGUCAUAUGGUCUCGAAGAUGAAGAAAAUGACAGGCCGAGAGAUAGUAAAAGAGGUGAAUUUAGACCCAGGGAUAAGUUUCGACCUAGAGACGAAGAAAGAUCUAGGGACGAAAUCCGUCCACGAGAUGAGUUGAAUUCUAGGGAUGAAAUAAGAUUAAGAGACGAGGGAAAAUCAAAAGAUGACACGGAUUCUAGAGAUGUUAUUCGACCGCGAGAUGAAAAUAAAUACAAAGAUGAAGACAGUAAUAGAGAUGAAUUGAGAACUCGAGAUGAUGUAGACUCUAGAGACGAAAUAAGACCCAGAGACGAGAUAAGGCCUCGAGAUGAAAUACGUCCAAGAGAUGAAAUAAGGCCUCGAGAUGAAAUACGACCAAGAGAUGAAAUAAGGCCUCGUGAUGAAAUACGACCAAGAGAUGAAAUAAGGCCUCGAGAUGAAAUACGCCCAAGAGAUGAGAUAAGGCCUCGUGAUGAAAUACGACCAAGAGAUGAGAUAAGGCCUCGUGAUGAUAUACGGCCCAGGGAUAAGAAAAGACCCAGACCACUCAGAGACGAGGUCCCUGCUAUAGAAAGUAACCCGAGAGAAAGGGUAAGGGAUGACAGGUACCAAUCAACUGAAGGUAGAAGAUUAUACGAUAGACCAUACAGGCCUAGGGAAGAUCGUCCCCGGAAUAAGCCUGACCAAGACGAUGAUGAAGAUAGACCAGUAGAAGUCCGACAGAGUCCUUCAACUGCUGAUUCUCAACCGUUGGUGAAACCCAACGGACGUGGUAUUUUCAGUAAACCAAGAAUGCCGCCCAAAAUUAAAAGACCCGUUCCGAUUAAUGAAAAGGAAAAGUAUGAAUAUGUUACAAUAACAACUACAAAGGCUCCACCAAAACUGGCUGAUGAUGAAUAUUAUGAUGAAUAUGAUGAAGAGGAUAGCCGGCGGCCAUUACCCUCUGCAAAAACAAGCACUAUUCAACAAAAACCAAAACCUGAGCCAAUUGAAAGAGAAAAAUUUAAACCAACCAGAUCUGCAAGUAUAGAGAAAUUUAAAAAACCAAAGGUUCCAAUUGAUUAUGAUGAUGAAGAAUAUUAUUAUGAGUCCUCAGCACGACCUCUGAAGUAUUCUAAUAUCCAGCGCGCUAAAGACGAACGCCCAUCAAAAGCUAAAGACCCCGACUAUUUCUAUGAUGACAAAGAGAAAGUAACAGAAAAUGAAAAAUUUAAGGAUAAAGAAGAGGAAAUAACUUCCAAGAUAAGAGAUAUUAAACCUAAUGUAAAAGUUUUCAGGAGGCCUUUUUUACCGUCUAGGGGUGGAAGUCCUUAUCUCCCAAGAGGGCUACAACCAGUAGCUGGUAAAGAUAUGAGACUACCGCACAACACCACCCCGAAACCUACUUCUACCUCUUCUACUACAACUACAACUACUACAACAACCACUACUACUACUACAACAACGCCUCCACCAACAACAACAACUACUACAGAACCAACAACAACAACCACAGAACGAAUAACAACAACAGUCGCAACACAAAAACCCACAUCAACCGCUGUGCCUGAAGAAGAAUAUGAAUAUUAUGACGAAGAAGACAUAGAUUAUGAAACAAAACACAAAAAAGAACCAACCACAACCAUUCAGUCAGAAGUUGAAGAAAUUAAAGCGUUUCCUACCACCACGAGUACACCAGCACCCACCACGUUAAAAACAACAACUCAAAGAUACAUAGAGUCACAUAAUGAUAGAGCAAAAAAUUUAGCAACGAAAGUAUUGAGGAAUUUUAAUGAAAAUUACGAAGCCAUUAAAGAGAAACUAGAAUCGACUCUGUCACCAGGAGAUUAUCUGAAACCGUACAUCCCUUAUAGAGAUAUCAAUGUCAAUAAGCCAGCUCCGAGGCCUGAAAUAUCAAACGGUUACACGGCCACAGGAAAACCAUUGAAAAUACCAGACAUCAAACAGAAUCUGGCCGAUUCAAUUGAAAACGAAUACGACAUUAGGUUAAACGAGGCGAUCUCGCCCGUAAGAACUCCUAGCGGCUUCAUCGUACCCAACGACAGAGAUUAUUCCUUCUCGAGGUACAGAAACAAUAUUCAGUCUGAGCCUCAGUACUCCGCCUCAGAAAUAGGGGCUUACCAAGUUAGGAAACGACCUCAAAUCUCUGGUGUCACGAUCCGAACCCCCGCUUCGUAUUUUUUACCGCAAAGGGUCAUUUACGACGACGGUUCAGUGAGACAGACUCGCCAACUAAUAUAUAGACAAAUAGGAGAUGUAUAUUAAAUUAAAAUGAUGGGGUAACCUUUGAGAGAUUGAAAACCUAGGACUCGCGAGAUGACUAAGGUUUUAUAUGAUACAAGACUUGUAUGGUCUUUUCUAUAAUAUAAGUAUAUAGAUACGUACAAUCCAUUAAAAAUUUAAGCAUCCAUAUAUCGCUAGAUAAGAUAAUUUUGAAAUUAUUUAAUAUUUAUUCGAAAGACCAAUAAAAUGUGACUAAGCAAAUCUCUGUAAGUGGAUCUGAGUAACACUGCCAAUAUAUAUAGGAAGUAUGACACAUUCAGCCAUUACCAAUAGAAUAUUUUGACGACUACAUGUCCAAGUCUUAGUGUAAAAUAUUCCUAGUUACCUAUAUUGUUAAGUUAUGUAUUUUUCAAAGGUUACCAGAGUUGAGAGACCGAAUCAAAUGUUGUUUUACUGUGUACUACAAACAUUUCUUCGAUCUCCCUGCACUGACUUAUUGGUAUAUAAAUUAUAGUUAUAUAAGAUUUUGUAAAAAAAAAUAUAUAUAUAUAUAUACAAAAAAUU